AUGUCACUUCACACCUUCAUCCUGGCCCUUUUCUUGACCGUGGUCAUUCUCGGUGCGUCGACGACGUCAGCGAUCACCGACCCCGAGAGAGACGCUGACUGGGGGUGGUAUAAUCGCGGAAUGGGAGUGAGGUUCAUUGACGAUCUCGCAAAGCGGGGCAACGGACUAGGCAGUGGACGAUACGUUCGAUGCAUCAAGAAGGGCACCGAUCAACGUUGUUUUUGUGACAUGGUGAGGAGUCCAAGAGAUCCAGGAUAUUACGUUGCCUGCUCUAAGUUCUCUCUAGAUCCAGAGGAAGAGUGAUUCUCCAUUUUACCGCAGUAAUAAAUCUUUAAUAAAACCAUUAAGACAUUGUUUGGAUUGUUACGAAGUGGUCCGAGAUGGACAUGAACGUUGAUGGCGCUUUUCUAUCAAACUUCCCCACGGAAAAAAAAGAAGAAUUUGCGGCAAGCCUUCUUAGGCCGAAUAUGUAUCUUGGUUGACGGUCGAUUGGAUGAUGUUUCAACGAGCAAGCAUGCGUUGUAUUGUGGUUUGUUUUAUACAUGUAUUUGUUUGUCUGUUUCGUUUUUUUUUAAUGUAUGGUAUUUGUCUUGUGACCAAGCUUUAUUUCAGAACUUUUUUUCGAGGUUUCGUUUGAUAGCGCAGAUAAUACUUGAGUUUGCGGCUUGUUAAAAAAUGUUGUUGAGUGCGCUUUACAAGAUCCCA